GCGUCAUAAGUCUGCGCUGUGCUCCUGCAUCUGUUGUGAUUUCGCUGAAGAAAGAGAAACUCCUGGUGCAGCAACUGAGAUCCACAUGACAGCAUAAUAAAGAUGGCAUUUAUUAAAGAAGAGAGUGAAGACGUGAAGAUUGAAGAAGCAUUCAGAGUGAAACUAGAAGAUACUGAGAAACAAACAGACCUGGUGGUGCUGAAAGAAGAGAGUCAAGAAUUGAAAGAACUGAAUCAAAAUAAAGAUAAAAAUAAGUUUGAGAAACAUCAUGAUUUCAUGACUGGAGAAAAAUCUUUUAGUUGCUCACAGAUUGAAAGGACUACACCUCGAUGUGAUUUCACCUGCCAACUGUGUGGAAAGAGUUUUGAUCAUCAAAGAAACCUUAAAGUCCACAUGAGAAUUCACACUGGAGAGAAGCCUUAUGCUUGCCAGCAGUGUGGAAGGAGUUUCACUCAAAAAGGAAGUAUUAAAGCCCACAUGAGAGUUCACACUGGAGAGUGCCCCUUCACCUGCCAACAGUGUGGAAAAAGUUUCAGUCGAAAUGGAAACCUGAAAGUCCACAUGAGAAUUCACACUAGAGAAAGCCCAUAUACCUGCCAACAGUGUGGAAAAAGUUUCACUCAAAAAGGAAGCCUUAAGGUCCACAUGAGAAUUCACACUGGAGAGGCACCUUUCACAUGCCAACAGUGUGGAAAGAGUUUUAAACAUAAAGGAGCCCUUAAUUCCCACUUGAGAACUCACACUGAAGAAAAGCCAUUUGCAUGUGGUCAGUGUGGAAAGUGUUUCAGACUUACAACUGCCCUUAAUAAACACAUGAGGAUUCACUCAAGAGAGAACUGUUUUAUAUGUCAUCAGUGUGGAAGCCGUUUCACAGACAUGGAACAUCUGAAGAAUCAUGUAAAAAUUCACAUCGGAGAAGACCCAUUUAUGUGCCAUCACUGUGGAAAGAAUUGCAAGAACAAAGGAAACCUCGAAGCUCACAUAAGGGUUCACACUGGAGAGAAACCAUUUACCUGCCUACAGUGUGGAAAGUGUUUUGCACUAAAAGGAAACCUUAACAUUCACUUAAAGCUUCACACUGGAGAGAAGCCUUUCACUUGUCUUCAGUGUGGAAAAAGUUUCGCACUUAAAGGGAAUCUUGAGGUUCACAGGAGGCUUCACACUGGAGAGAGGCCGUACAAAUGUCUUCAUUGUGAAAAGAGUUUCACAAAUAAUAGAGACCUGAAAUGUCAUUCGCAAACUCAUUCUGGAAAGAAAUGUUCUGAGUUCUACAAGACGUUUACAAAAAGGAGCAGUUUAAAAAAUCCACUAAACAUUCACUCUGGAGGAAGGCGUUUUAAUUGUGAUCAGAGUAACAAAAAUAGUCUUUUGCCAUCACACUUAAAGAUACAUAUGAAAAGUCAUGUAUAUAUGAGACCCUAUUCUUGUUCGUUUUGUAAAAAGAGAUUUAAAUGGCUUAGCAAUUUCAAAUGGCACCAGAAAGUAUGUAUCUGUGUGAAAUCAAAAUUACAUUCACGAAUGUGGCCCAUAAUCAUCUAAACAGGCGAUAUUCCUAUAAAACUAAUUCAUCAUAAGUGUUCAUCAUAAUGCAUCCUUCACUGCCUUGAAGCUUUGUUUUUCCUUUUUUCAUGUUCCUGACCAUUUCUUUUGCUAUAGUUUUAAAUAUUGAGUAGUUGUUGUGGAUUCCCUGUGAUUUCAAUUGAAUAGCACAGUAUUUGUAUAAAAGUAUGAGUGAUGACGCUGUACCAGUGGUUCCUAACCACAUUCCUUGAUCCCUUAGUUUGGUCAGAGUCUUGGUUGUUCCAAACUUCUUCCAUUAAGCAAUUAUAGAGGCCACUGUGCUCUUGGGAACCUGCAAAGCUACAUAAUAUUUUGUAGCCUUCUAUAGAUUAUCAUGUUUUGGUUUGAUGAUUUGCUAAGAGGAAUGACAGUUCUAGCGGAUGCAGCACUGAUGGGGGUGGAAGGAAGUGGACUCCUAAACACAGUAGAAGUGAUGAGCAAACUGAUUUUGUUUAUUCAUUACAUGUUUUCGUUUAGGGAUGCCAUUAAUAAUAAUUGCCUUCUGACCAAACUUAUUAUCCGUGACAUUAUACUAUGAGGCUGCAGUUGCUAUGAGUAAACAAUCUUUUUUAAAUGUCUCCAAUAAUAAUCUGCAUUGAUAAUUUCCUUAAAUUAAACAACCAAAUGUAUAUACAAUUGAAAUUCAUGUUUGAUGUGUAACAACGAUGUCAUGUAUAUGAUAAAAAGCUUCUCAUCCAAAUGCUUAAUAUUGUCAGUAAAACAUUUGCUUGCUAAACUA